AUGUUGCGAACACUAGCCCGAACUAGAAUGCCCCUGCGAGCUCAAAUCAACACCCGAUUCAUGUCACAGACCACGGCGGCUGCCGAGGAGUCGCCUGUACUCUUCAGCGACAACGGCACCACCCGGACCAUCACCCUCAACCGGCCCAAGAAACUCAACGCUCUGGACGACCCCAUGUGCCGAGCCAUCUUCCCCCGCCUCAAGGAGUGGCUCAAAUCCGACUCCGCCAAUGUCGUGCUGUUCAAGGGCUCCGGCAACAAGGCUUUCUGUGCCGGAGGUGACGUGGCUACUCUUGCCAAGCAGAACGCUGCAGGCGCCCAGGGCAUUGAGCAAUCCAGAGACUUCUUCUGCACGGAAUACGCCAUGGACUUCCUGCUAUCCGUCUACCCCAAGCCCGUGAUUGCGCUCAACCAUGGCAUCACCAUGGGUGGAGGUCUGGGUGUCUCCAUGCACCUUCCCUUCCGAGUGGCCACUGAAACCACCCUCUCGGCCAUGCCCGAGACCUCAAUUGGUUUCUUCUGCGACGUUGGCGGCACCUUUUUCCUGCCCCGACUCGACGGAGAGCUUGGAACCUUCCUGGCUCUGACCUCGUCCCGACUCAAGGGCUACGAGGCUGUGGCUGCCGGCUUCGCCACCCACUACAUCCCCUCCGCUCGACUAGACGAUCUGGAGAAGGCCAUCGCUUCUCUGGACAUCCCCAAGGGCCGAGACGCCACCGAGCUGUACUCCCAGCUCAACGCACUGCUCAACGACUACUCGGAGGUGCCUGCCAACUUCAAGUUCCAGUACGGCGGCGAGUUCCGAGCUCUGAUCGACCGAACCUUCAAGUACGACGCCAUUGAGGACAUUGUGGCAGCUCUGAAGCAGGAGGGUGAGGCUGGUGAGAAGAUCAUCAAGCUCCUGGGCGAGCGAUCCCCUACCUCUGUCAAGGUGACUCUUGCCGCUCUGCGACGAGGCCGAAACCAGGACAUUCAGUCCGUGUUCAACGAUGAGUGCAAUUACGCCGAGAACUUUAUGCACUCUCGAGAGUUCAUUGAAGGUGUCACCGCCAAGCUCAUUGACAAGCCUGCCCGAGAGCCCCAGUGGGAGCCUUCUUCUUUCGAGGGCGUGACUCCCGAGAUUGUCAAGUCGUUUAUCCAGAAGCGACCCGGCUCCAAGAACGACGAGAUGGAGGUGGUCAUCAACGAUACCUACAAGCAGUACCCCUGGAACUUUGGCUUGCCCCGAGAGGUGGAAAUUGAGCAGUACAUCAAGGGCGAGACCCGAUCGUCGGAUUACAAGGCUUCCCCUGCCGAGGUUGUCAACCACUUUACUAACAAGUACUCUGGUAAGCCUGGUGUGAGCGAGAAGGUCAAGGAGGUGAUGCAGCGAAAGACCAAGCCUGAUCCUAACGAGCCCAAGGUUCUUGACUGGGUUAACUAG